AUGAAGAAAUCUGGAACAUCCUCUGUUAAACAUGAGGAUCUGAGACUUAAAGCCAGCCGUUGGCCUCUUGAAGAUGCAGCAACCUUACGAGACGAUGAUCUCCCAAUAAAGUAA